CUCCUGCGGGGGCCGCUCCCGCCGACCGUUGAGCGGCCUGUCGAAGUCCCUCCCUCAGGACCUCCCCUUCUGUUAACCGUUCUUGCGGCGGCGACCCAUGUUGGGGUUCGGGCUUCUGCGGUCGCCGCCGCUGCUGCUCCUGCUGCCGCAGCUUAGACUUGGAAUCGCUGUUUCACGAUCUCAGGCCGGAACCAUGAACUUCGGCGGCAGCAGCAGUGCACGAUGCUCCGUCUCGGCCGAGGGGAGCCCACAACAGUGCCUGCAGCUGUCCACGGUGCCGGGAGCCGACCCGCAGCGCAGCAACGAGCUGCUCCUGCUGGCGGCGGCGGCGGCGGGACCGGAAUGGCGGGAUCUCUCUGGGGACCGGGCGAAGGAGGGGCAGCCACCGCCCCCCCAGCAUCACGUUCUCUAUUUCCCCGGGGAUGUGCAGAAUUAUCAUGAAAUUAUGACUCGUCAUCCUGAAAAUUAUCAAUGGGAAAACUGGAGUCUAGAAAAUGUUGCCACCAUUUUAGCCCACCGGUUCCCCAAUAGUUAUAUUUGGGUGAUCAAGUGUUCCCGAAUGCAUUUGCACAAAUUCAGCUGCUAUGAUAAUUUUGUGAAAAGUAAUAUGUUUGGUGCUCCAGAACACAAUACUGACUUUGGAGCUUUUAAGCACCUUUAUAUGUUAUUAGUUAAUGCUUUUAACUUAAGUCAGAACAGUUUGCUAUCAAAGAAGAAUGUGAAAGAUUUGAAUAAGGACUCCAAAGCAUCUAAUUAUAGAUCCAGUUCUUCUCAUACUACCAAUGGCUGCCAGGGAGAAAAAGAAAGGACCGGUGAAAACUUUGAUGAGUCUGCCAUGAGUUUUUAUCCACCAUCACUAAAUAGUGCUUCUUUUACUUUAAUUGGAUUCAGUAAAGGUUGUGUUGUUUUGAAUCAGUUGCUUUUUGAAUUGAAAGAAGCUAAGAAAGACAAGAACAUAGAUGCUUUUAUCAAAAGCAUAAGAACAAUGUACUGGCUGGAUGGCGGUCAUUCUGGAGGAAGCAAUACUUGGAUUACUUAUCCAGAAGUCUUGAAAGAAUUUGCACAAACAGGGAUUAUUGUUCACACCCAUGUAACACCUUACCAAGUACGUGAUCCAAUGAGAUCUUGGAUUGGAAAGGAGCACAAGAAAUUUGUUCAGAUACUUGGAGAUUUUGGUGUGCAGGUGACUAGCCAAAUCCAUUUUGCAAAGGAAGCUCCUUCUAUAGAGAAUCACUUCAGGGUUCAUGAAGUAUUUUAAGACUACCAGAAUAUUCAUGUACUUGUUAAGUGGAAGAGCAGAAGCACUUUUUUGUGGGGAGCACACAUUCCUAAAAUAUGAGUGUAAUGUGCAAUCAAAUUCUUUGCUUGUGAAUGUGAACAGUUUUUAAUUUGGACUGGGUUAGAAUUAGUUAAUUUGAAAUCUGAAAGGUGGUUUGUGAUAAUCCUAAGAUAUAAGACCCUUUAGAAUGAGUUACAAUAUAAUCCUUAUAAAACAUAAUUAAAAUUGCUAUUGUUGGAAAUAGUUUAUUUUUUGAGUAAUGUUUAAAACUAAUUUUGGUGGCACUAUAACAAUAAUUAGCUAAUUUGGCACUGAAAACUUGAGUAGAAACACUUCAUUUCUCUUCAAAACAAAGGAAAGGCACACUGAUGUUUUCCAUCAUUUUGGAAAUAACUGUGCCCUGCUGUUAUGUUUUAUAAAUUCAUGGAAUCUUUUUUUAAUGUUCGACCAAGUGUUUUUUUUCGAGAGUCAAAAUACAUAGAUGUUUCCAGAUAACCAAGAACGUGCAGUAGUGUAACGUUGGUUUUUAAAAACAUUACACUUAAGCACUGUGGCUAAAUUUUUAAUUGACAACUUUUGGCUAAGGCAUUUUGGAGUUUCUUGAAUCUUGGCCAAAAACCAGUUCUUUUGGGAAAAUUGUUUUAAACGGAACAUAAUUAUGUAUAUUAAUUACAAAUAUAUUACAGAUUUAAAAUAUUUUCAUAUCAGUCUUGAAAGAUCAACUUAGGCAAAAUAAAUAUAUAAUACUGUUUGUUAGUGCUCUAUAGACAAGGGGACAAGAGUCUAUAGAUCUAAGUCAGUGUGUCUCCAGAAGCAUGGUUUUUGUCUGCCAAAAGAAAGCAGCUCUUUUUGGCCAAAAUGCAAAAUUACAUUGCUAUAAGAAAAGUUAUAAGGGAAAGUUUGAAGACACAAAUGAUUUAAUUUUGGCUCAAAAACUGAAUUUGCUUAACACUGCUACAGAAUUUGGGUGAGGUUUCCUUCUGCCUGUUUUUCUUGUCCUAGAUAAAUACAUUUUCAGAAACCAAUAUCUAAUGUCAACCAACAUUGAAAUAUAACUGUGUGAUUACAAUAAAAGGUGAGUGGUCACUUUUUUAUUGUUUAUAAUUAGCUUUUGCAGGACAUGAAAUAAAGCAUGGCAGUAACAUGCUGCUUUCAGAUUGAAAAAAAAAAAAAAA